AUCAGCCGAAGUGUAAAACCGUCAGCCAUUACAGUCAAUCAGUAAUCUUCCGAACUUAAAUUAAACGUGUUACCGCAAUACCAUUAAGUCUACUAAUGGCAGGGUUAAUAAUGCACAGAUAUAAAUAAUUAAAUAUAUAAUAAUUAACUCACGCAUAGAAAGACAAUAUUCAUUCUGUAUCAAUGAUAGAGGAAGGAGUUACAAUUUUACGUAAAGAAAUUUGGAUGUGAACUCUGGUCUCUCAAACUAAGGAGGGAACAGAGAUGAGGGUUGUAACCUAACCUGCACACUUCGGCGCAACACUUAUAACCUGAUCGUACAAGGUAUCCGCGACACUAGCUUAUGAGAUGUCACGAGAUGCGGCUUCUUUGAUGCCUGUUGUCCCAGUUAGGUGGAGGUGUUUGCAUGAGAAGUUUGCGUGGUGUAUUAUGGGGCUUAACACCUUUUAUCUUAGUUAUUGAUGAUUUUCCAAUUUUCAAAUACCAACACAAUGUGGCGACCGGAAAAACAAAAUUCGAGACAAGAAGACUUCUAGACGAUAAUCCGCUGCUCAGUCUACCCAGACCCGAUUUGAGAGUAAUGCAACAGAGGGCGACACUCCUUGUUGGCAGACUCAACGUUGAACACGGAAGUGGGACCGCUAUGAACCGCUAGCUUUACGUCGGAUGCGCGCGCACCAUGAAGUCGUCAUAGUAACCCACGUUAAGAACCCAACGCUUGAUAACACAUAUUCGAGAGUUGAUGUCGUGGCCAUACCGUGACCGGGGCGCGAUAUUGAAAUGUACGAAGUAACGGGAAGAUUGGGUUAAUGACAUUCGACGGCUGACUCAGCGACCUAGGACUCAGCAUUCUUAUUUGUGGAAGCAUAACCCACUCUGAUCAAGUAAAUGAUAAGAACUUGGAACUGUGCGGGUGUUCAUUACAUUCAAGACAUGGAUUUCAGUGAAUACAGAAAAAGAGGCAAAGAGAUGGUGGACUACAUCGCGGACUAUCUGGAGCACAUCAGGGAGAGACGCGUCUAUCCGGCGGUGGCGCCCGGCUACUUGAGGCAACUCAUACCAGAGAGCGCGCCCCUCGAACCAGAGUCCUGGGACGACAUCAUCGCAGACGUCGAGCGAGUAGUCAUGCCUGGGGUGACACACUGGCAGAGUCCGUACAUGCACGCUUAUUUUCCUGCGCUGAAUUCCUUCCCGUCUCUUCUGGGAGACAUGUUGGCUGAUGCUAUUAACUGCUUGGGGUUUACGUGGGCGUCAAGUCCAGCGUGUACAGAACUGGAGACUGUGGUGAUGAAUUGGUUGGGGAAGAUGAUCGGGCUUCCCGACGAGUUCCUCCACACUCGGGUGAACAGUACAGGGGGAGGCGUCAUACAGACGACUGCAAGCGAGGCGACGUUCGUUUGUCUUCUGGCAGGUCGCACCGAGGCCAUCAGAAGAUACCGCGAGCAGGAUGAGGAGCUGGAGGACGCAGAGAUUAACAGCCGACUCGUGGCGUACUGUUCUGACCAAGCCCACUCCUCUGUAGAAAAGGCAGGUCUUAUCGGACUUGUGAAAAUGCGAUAUAUCGAGAGCGAUGAGCACUUGUGUCUACGUGGAGAUCGUCUACUGGAGGUAAUUGCAAGGGACAAGGAAAAGGACCUCAUUCCGUUCUUUCUAUGUGCAACAUUGGGGACAACCGGUGCCUGUUCAUUUGACAACCUGCAAGAGUUGGGCCCCAUAUGUAAAUCAGAAAAGAUGUGGCUCCAUGUGGACGCUGCGUACGCAGGCACUGCCUUCAUCUGUCCCGAGUUCAGACAUUGGUUGAACGGCAUACAUUACGUGGACUCCAUCGCCUUCAACCCGUCAAAGUGGAUGAUGGUGCAUUUUGAUUGCACUGCAAUGUGGGUACGAAACAGCGAGGCACUGCACCGGACGUUCAACGUGGAACCGUUGUACCUUCAACACGAAAAUUCAGGUCUUGCAAUUGACUACAUGCAUUGGCAGAUACCACUCAGCAAGCGGUUUAGAGCUCUCAAACUGUGGUUCGUCAUCAGGAAUUAUGGCAUCAAAGGACUACAGAAACAUAUUCGAGAGGGUGUUCGGUUAGCUCAGAAGUUCGAAGCACUGGUGUUGGCAGACCAGAGGUUCGAAAUCCCUGCGCCGCGGCAUCUCGGCAUGGUGGUAUUCCGGCUUCGUGGGGAGAACCAUCUGACGGAACGGCUCCUGAAACGUCUAAAUGCGCGCGGCAACCUGCACUGCGUUCCUGCUGCGUUAAAGGGUCGCUACGUCAUCCGCUUCACCGUCACCUCGCAGCGCACCACAGGCGACGACAUCACUCGCGAUUGGGCUGAGAUCCGAGCGGUGGCAGCCGAAAUACUAGGAGAAGAGAAGAAACCGAUCGUUGCUGCACGUGCCAGGGUGCCGUUGGCAGAAACUCGAGAGCUGAAUGCCAGCUUCGGAUCGAGUCUUCUGCUAGCCAAUUCACCAAUGUCACCAAAAAUUGUUAACGGAAGUUUUGCCGCCAUCUUUGACAACGGAGACAACGUCCUGGAAGAGUUUUCUCGAAUGUUUACUCGAUUUCGCCUAGAAGCUAAGGACAGUCCAGCAAUGCGACGCAGGAUCAAAGGCAUUCUGAUGACGGGAAAGCAGUUCUCGCUGGACUCGCGAAUGGACCUCGUACAGGGCAUCAUAUCGCACGGUGGGGUGAGACCCAGGUCCGAGCCCACCUCCGCGCUACCGCUGAUGGAGGAGGACUCCGUUGACGGGGCCGAUUCAGAUAUGCAGUCUGAAAGCGAAGCGACGCCCGAAUCGACUCCAAUACCACGGGUUCGAUCACUUUCUGUGGACGAACAGAGGGAUGCCACUGAAAACGAUGUCAACACUAGGAAUGAAUUCAGUAGUCAUAAAGCUUCAAUAUUAAGUGUGUCUCAACAGCGCAUCGGGUCUGCAAGAUUCUGUCGAAAAUGUGGUCAUGUAAUUGCAACGCCCCAGUAAUUCAAAUUAUAAAUAUGCCUGUUACAAUAAAAAGUGUCCCUUUCUGUCUUCAAAAAAUACUCUCUGUCGAUUUACAUUUGUUCUCAUUAUUAUUAAAGAACUGGGAUAAAUUACUUAGAAAAAUAACUAGAUUACAGGCUGGACGAUAGGAAAGGCUGGGAUCUUUCUAUUCGCCAUAAUAUCCAGACCUGCUCUGGAACCUACCCAGACUCUUACUGACAUUACCAAAAAUCGGGAACACAUGUUUAAGAAAUAUUAUCUCAGAACUUAAUUACCAUUGUAUUAGGUUUCGUAUGCAGUAAAAAUUCUUGUUAUGUGUCACUUAAAAUCUGUGGGGUUUUGUUUUUGGGAUUCCGUCAGUAAUCUAUCCGACCAAAAGAUUUCCGAGAAAAAAAUUGUAAAAUCCGUUAUAUGUAAUUCUGCACAUCGUGAGAGACAGUCAACCACUUCCUAACCCCAAUCCCGCUGAACCUUAAUAAGAAAUUCCUACUAUUCCAACUCUGAAGAUUUCUGUCUUCUGGGUUGUUGCGCUAUGUAGUCUAGUUGAUGUUAACC